AUGUUACAGUUGUUGUCUCACUACGAUGAUGUGUUCAGUGAUAUUCCCGGUACUCUCAAAGGUCCUCCGGCAUCAGUACACCUCAAGUCCAGAACAACACCAGUAUUCGCAAAAGCUCAAGAUGUACCGUUGGCGCUGAAAAGCCGAUACACCCAAGAGAUCGAAAAAAAGUUGAGGGCAGGUGUUUACGAACGAGUCGACUAUUCGGAAUGGGCAUCUCCCACUCACAUCGUUGUGAAAAAGAAUGGAAAUUUACGUAUCACCGGAAAUUACAAACCUACUGUAAAUCCCCGGAUGAUUAUUGACGAACACCCGAUCCCCAAGAUCGAAUCCAUUUUUAAUCGCAUGCAAGGAGCCCGUUUGUUCUGUCAUCUCGAUGUGACAGACGCUUACACUCACCUCCAAAUCGAUGCAGAGUUUCGACAUGUCCUUACUCUCAACACACCAACACAUGGAUUAGUUCGUCCAACUAGAGCGGUAUAUGGUGCAGCAAACAUACCAGCAAUCUGGCAACGCCGUAUGGAAUCCGUGUUAAAAGGUUUGCCUAAUGUUAUUAAUUUCUAUCACGAUAUCAUAGUCUUUGCAGAUAGUUUUGAAAAUUUACUUAUUGCACUGACAGCAGUUUUCGAUAGACUGAAAAAUUACGGUUUACGAUUGAACCGUUCGAAAUGUGUUUUCGCCACCCCGGCUCUCGAAUGCCUGGGCCAUAAGAUCGAUGCAAAUGGAUUGCACAAAUCAGACCAACACAUUGAAGCAAUACGAGACGCUCCUCGCCCAUCGAAUCCAGACGAAAUGCACCUGUUUUUAGGGAAAGCCACAUACUAUAACGCUUUUAUUCCUAAUCUUUCCACACGAUCUCGAUGUCUGCGAGAAAUGUUAGGAGAAGAAAGUUUCGAAUGGACACCAGCAAGAGCAGCAGCAUACGAGGACAUAAAAUCUGCUCUUAUCUCGCCACAGGUGCUAAUGCCGUAUGAUCCGGAUCUUCCUUUGAUAUUGGCCACCGACGCAAGUAAAUAUGGUUUGGGGGCAGUCCUGUCGCACCGUCUAACAAACGGCCAAGAGCGUCCAAUAGCGUAUGCAAGCUGCGCUAUGUCUAUAACUCAGCAACGAUACCCGCAAAUCGACAAAGAGGCUCUUGCCAUCGUGUGGGCGGUAAAAAAAUUUUUCAACUAUCUCUAUGCUCGUCGAUUUACCCUGGUAACAGACCAUAAACCGUUGACACAAAUUUUGCACCCAGCAAAAUCGUUACCCAUGCUCUGUAUUAGCAGAAUGGCCAAUUAUGCUGAUUACUUGGCACACUUUAAUUUUGAUAUUGUUUAUAAAUCUACGAAAGAAAAUAUCAAUGCAGAUUACUGCUCUCGAAUAAUUCCAAUACCAUUGACAAGUGAUACAAAUAAACUAUCUGUUCGUGAGAGAAGAGAGAGUAAAGUUGACGAAUUCGAUAUGUUUGCUUUACAUCAAAUCGCACAACUACCAGUUCGCGCCGAACACAUCGCCCGAGAAACACGUAAAGAUUCUAGGCUUGGUAGGAUUGUACAGUUGUUAGAAGCUGGUACCGAUUUGACGCGUUUUGACUACAGAGCACCAGAAAGCAAAUAUAGUCUUUCUUCAAACUGUUUAUUAUUUGAACAUCGUGUAGUAAUUCCCCCUGCUCUUCGACAGUCUGUGCUGGAUGAUCUUCAUGUAUCGCAUAUUGGAAUAGUGAAAAUGAAAGGACUUGCUCGUUCGUUUGUGUACUGGCCGGGAAUUGAUGCUGAUAUCGAAAAGGUAGCUAAAUCGUGCUCCGAGUGCGCUCGUCAUUCCCAUGCUCUGCCGAAGUUUAGCGAACAUCACUGGCUGUAUCCCAAUGGACCUUGGGAAAGGAUACAUCUAGAUUAUGCCGGUCCGGUAGCAGGUUCGAUGCUGUUCAUCGUAGUGGAUGCAUAUAGUAAAUGGCUAGAGGUAAAAAUUACUAAUACAACGACAACUGUGGCCACUAUUCGUAUUAUGGAUGAACUGUUUUCGAGUUAUGGAGUACCUGUUACUGUUGUAUCAGACAACGGUCCGCAAUUUGCAGCAGCGGAAUUUAAAGAUUUUUUGCGCAAAAGUGGCGUUAUAUUUCACAAGCAAUCAGCUCCUUAUCACCCAGCAACAAACGGGCAGGCCGAACGUUACGUGCAAACAACUAAAGACGCACUUAAGGCUAUGGGAACCACUCCAUCUACAUUACAUUCGAACUUGAAUAACUUUUUGCAACGAUAUCGUCUAGCUCCUCAUACUACCACUGGAGAGUCACCAUCUAUGCUGUUCAUGGGACGUAUUUCCCAUUUGGAUAAGUGGUUACCUGGUGUGAUUGCGACUCGCCUAGGAGAUCUUCAUUAUGAAAUUGACUACGAUGGGAAACGCAUCAAACGACACAUAGAUCAAAUUCGCUCCAGAAUUGAUCCUCAAGGGCUUAAGACAACUGAUACAUUGAACACUGAAGAUUUAGGUCAACAGAGUACUUCAAGACGUGUCCAUUUCUACAACAAUGACGGGAGCUCUUUGAAUGUGCCAUCAACUCCAAGCAACUCCUGA